AUGAUGCUACGGAAAGAUAAAAAUUCACCAAGAAAAUUAAGAUCAAGAGAUGACAAACAACUAGAAGACAAGAACUUAUUUAAUUUUGAUAAUAUAAAUCAUUAUUUAUAUAGAGAAAAAGAAAUACGAAUCGAUAAUAAUCCAGAAAUUGAUAAAUUACCAUUAUAUACCUAUUAUAAAGAAGAAAAUAACGAAGAAAUAAAACCAAAACUAAUAGAUCAUGGAGACAUCAUCAAGAUUAAAAGAAAAAAAAUCAUCAUUGAUCCUAAUAUCGAAGAUCCUUUACCUGAUUCCACUUACCAAAUAUUCCACCGUAAAAUGAGAAAAGAAGAAGCACAAAUGUUGAAUGAAGAAAAAAUCAAAAAUUUAAUGGAAUUAGAUAAUUUUCAAAAUUAUCUUAAAUUAUUAAAUCAAUACGAUUGGAUAAGACAUUUACCUUCAAUAACUAAAAUAAAUGAUUUAAAAAAUUUAGAAGAAAUGGAAAUUAAAAAAAAUUUAACUAUUGAUGAAAUUGAAAAAAUGUUGUAUAAACAAUCUAUAUGGAAGAAGAAAAAAGAUGAAUUUGCUAAUAAUGUUAGAUUAUAUAAUAAUCAAGGUAUACAAUUUGAAAUUAUUGAUGAAGAAUAUGAUUUAAGUCAAGUACCUGAUGAUGAAGAAGAUGAAGAAGAUGAAGAAUUGAUGAAUGAAGUAGCUGAAAAUAAUAACGGAGCUGAAAAAUCAAUUACUAAAAAAGUAGUUAAAAGAGUUAGAAAACCAAAAGCUAAAAUAGAACCAAAAGUUGAAGAAGUAAAAGAAAAAUUAGAAGAUAUUGAUGGUACAAUAAAUAUUGAUAUUUAUGGAUCAUCAGAUGAUUUAUUUGGUUCUGAUUUCUUUGAUGUAAAAGUUUCAGAAAAAGGAUUUCAAUUACCAAUAAGUUGGAGAAGACAAUACAAUACAUUUGGUACAAUCUAA